AUGUCUAAUUCAUCAUCAUCAUCCUCUAGUGAUGAUUACAUAUCAAACGAUUACGAAGUACUCAACAAUGCUGUUACGCAAAUGAAUGUUAUUUUCAAUCCCCAAGCCAUAGGUGCGUGUCUUAACGUUAUCUUUGACGAAGAAGAAAAGCAACACCAAGAAGCGUCAAGUUCUUCAAGACCCAAGUUUACUAGAAGGGUGAUCUUAAGGUUCCGAAUGCGAAAGGAAAUGUUCCUGCACAUAGUGCGAGACAUAAACUCCUUUCAAAGCAUAGAACCGCUACCGAAACACUUUCAGUUCUUCCACAAAGGCGCGACAGAUGCUACUGGUCGUCCCGGUUUCAACAUUUUCCAAAAAUGUACUUCUGCUAUACGCCAGUUAGCGUAUAGCUUUAAGGCUGAUGCUUUAGAUGAGUACUUGCAGAUGGCUCAAGAUACCGGCUACCAGUGUUUAGAUGCAUUCUGCAAAUAUGUGAUACACCUUUAUCAACAGGAGUACUUGAGAAGGCCUACAGAAGCCGAUGUCAAGCGGUUAACUGCCAAACAUGAGCAGGUUCAUGGUUUUCCCUGA